GCGUCGCGACGCGAAUCGAUACGCGCGCAGGCGGCGUCAGUGCGUGGCGGCACGACCGUGUUGUUUCUCCCAGUAUGUACUACGUGCUCUGAAAAUGUCACCGAGUCGAUCGUUUUUCACGAGCUGCUGCUGCCGGCGAGCGUACGUAGUGUCCUCGCAGUCGUGGCGGCAUGCAAUCGCGAUAUAGAGUUGUCCGCAAGAUUAAAAAGUAACCGCGGUGUGACGUCUCGUCAAGGGGCAAUCUCGUCUCGCAAUCUCGCAUUCGGCCUCGCGACCGAUCACCGCCUUCUCCGCCGUCCUACCGCCACCGCAUUGAUCCCUGACAACCCGGAAAGAUACGUGCGAACAAAACACGCGACGAGGAAGAGUCUCUUGCUUCGGAUCGCAUGAAUAAGCACGGAUAAGCCGAACGGAUAAAUGUGAAGUCCGAAUUGUGUGUUUGUGUGUGCGCGCGCGCGCGCGCGUGUAUAUGUAGGUGACACGGUGAUUCGUAUCGCGCAGGAUUUAACGCAAGAUUACACGAACGACCGGUGACGGUUGCGCUGGUUGUCGUAGGUCUCGGCUGCCGUGACACAAGUAGAUAUUGUCAAGUAUAUCAAGAUACAAUCCCGUCGAGUAGAUGGGGAAGUAAUCUUCCUUUCUUUCUUUCUCUCUCUCUCUCUCUCUCUCUCUCUCUCUCCCUCCCCCCAUCCCUUUCUCUCUUUCUGUAUGUAUGUUAUCUAUCUAUCUAUCUAUCUGUCUAUCUCUCCAUCACUAUCCUGUUCUCCGUCUUUGAAAAAUCGCUCACGAUAUUCGUUCAUACACGUUGUUAUGUAAAUAUCAAGAGAGAUUGAGUGCCGACUGUGCCGAUAUGCAAAGUCUCGUCAGUGCGAAGCUCGCCACUCGACGUGGCGGAGAUCUCGCGUCAUUUCGCGCGCGACGAAAUUUUCGUGAUAUCAUUAUGCAAAAUCAUUAUGCGCGAUUCGCGCGUUUGAUUGGCCGUGCUUCUAUCAACGAUAUACGCGUGUAAAGAAGCGGGCUUGACGAGCCAUCGAUAGUAGCGGCCGUUGACGAAGAAACGAGCUGCCUCGCGACGGGUGUUGAAUAAAACAGCAGACCCGGUGUCAGCGUGAAAAGCGUCGGAGGCCGUGGAAGUUGUCGCCUCCUUGCGCUCUACGUCGACGGUGAUGCUCUCAAUCGAUAAUCCGACCGCCACGAUUCACCAGCGUCGUCAUCGAGGACGUUAAUCGAGCGGAGUUAAGACCAGAGGCUGAUCGCCGGGAUUUCUAUCCGACGGUGAAAUCUGCGGGACAAAGAGAGAGAGAGAGAGACGCAGCAUUAUCAUUGGGAAGGUGCAGUAUUUUACGGCGACUCCCUAUCAACCAGAUGGUUUCUGGCAGUGAUGCCCUCAUCGGAGGAGGAAAGCCAGUGGCUUGUUGGCAGUGGUGGCGGCGGCCUCGCACCCUCCGGCGGCAGCGCGACGAAAACAGGCGGCGGCGAACGCAUUCUCAACACUAGAACCGGUCUCUACACCGAGGAGAUGACGACGCAACCGGCGAGCGUCACCACGGCCGGCGUGAACUCGGCAUCGGCUGAUUCCGCGGAGCACGAUCUCAUCGACUCCACCGCGGACGCGACUCUCCUGGCGCAGUUCCACGAGGAUGCUAUAAAACAGGCUGGAGUCGGUUACUUCCAGAUAUUUGCUGCGUUCUGCACAGGCUUGAGUCUUGCUGCGGAUACCGUUGAGUUUUUCGUUGUUCCUUACAUACUACCAAGUGCAGAAGUUGAGCUGUGCAUUGAAGACAGUGAAAAAGGAUGGCUCGGUAACAUUACUCUUGUUGGUCUUGCAUUGGGUGGAUUAUUCUGGGGUGGUCUUGGAGACAGACUAGGGAGACGUAGAUCUCUCUUGUCUGCUAUGUCUGUACAUGUUUUGUUCAGUAGUGUCGCAGCAUUUAUGCCUACCUACGGUACUUUUAUGACAGCUAGAUUUUGCUCAGCUAUUGGAGUCGGGGGAAGUGUACCAUUGGCGUUUGCCUAUCUUGCGGAAUGCUGUCCACGGUUAAGCAGAGGCCGUUGGACAGGAAUUCUCGUGACAGCUGGAGCCCUUGGAGGUGUUUAUGCUGCUCUCUUGGCAUGGGCAGUGGUACCCACAACAGGAGAAAUGGUUGUUCUUGAAAAUAAGGAACAUUUCAGUGCCUGGCAUCGUUUCCUGUUGCUGUGUUGUCUGCCGGCAUUGUGUUCCACGAUUGGUCUCAUCUUUCUGCCGGAAAGUCCAAGGUAUCUCGUAGAGGCUGGUAGAGAUGUGGAAGCAAUGAUGGUUUACCAGAGGAUAUAUAAAAAGAAUAAUGCACGAAAAGGUGCAACAGGUGCUCAAUAUCAGCUUUCUGAACUGGAACUCCCAACUAAAAGACCUCGUGGUUUGGCACCACCUUCUCCGAGCAAUCACACCAGUGUUCUGGCCGACAUAAUAUAUUCGAUCGAAAUGUUUUGGAAUUCUUUCCUGGAGUUGUUCACGACACCUCAUUUACGUGUGACUAUGGUCCUGUUGACUAUUUGGUUCGCCGCUUCGUUCAGCCUUUACGGUCUGAUGAUAUGGUGCCCGGAAUAUCUGAAACUCUUACGAGCAAUUGAAUACGAAGCACACACGGAACACUUUCACAGAGUGUAUUUCAAUGGCACAACAUUUAGUGGCUCUUGGGAAAAUCGUCAGUACAAAGACUCCACAUUUUUGAACUGCAAAUUUACUAAGAUGGUAUUCAGCCAUGUCGACUUUGAUAACUGUACCUUCCAAUCAGUAGAAUUCAGUAACAUUAAGUCUAGCAAGACUCAUUUUAGGGACAGUGUUAUUGUAUAUUCCAAAUUUGUUGACACGGACUUAUCUGCACAAGUUUUCACCAGGUGUAAAUUGGAGAAUAACACGGAACUGAGUUUAAGUGGGUCAUGUCCGACUCUCGAUCUGGACUACAAUAUUUAUAUCGAAGAAGCGUUGCAUGCUCACCUCGUUGCUCAAUUGGCUUUCGUGCCUGCCGCCGCACUGGCUGGUUUGGCACUUACCGUUCUCCAGCGGCCAAAAUUGAUCGGUUCCUCGCUGUUUUUCUCUUCCGUUAUUGCGCUGUGUCUGAUAUUUAUACGCAGGAACAGUUCAGCUGUUCUUGGUUUCGAGGGCGGCUUCAUAGCUGUUUUCGCUGUUGGUUGGACAUCGUUAACUUUGGCGACAGUCGAGAGCUUCCCUACACACUUGAGGUGUACUGGUUUUGGACUUAUAGCAGCGGCAAUAAGAAUAUCAGGACUGAUAGGAACCACGAUAUAUCAGGCAUUCGUGACUGCACCGUUAAUCGCGCCUGCACUAUUAACCGCGCUGACGUUAUUGAUCGCCAGUGUUGCGACCCUUAAAUUGCCUCACACUCAUACGGUCUUCUUAUAAGCUUUCUGUCGUCGCGGAGAAGAACGGCAACGACGUUUAUUUGAAGUCAACAUUUGGUUGUUGCGUAUGGGGCAACGAACGGGGGAAUUCGUCUCGUGAAUUUGAAAAUUGGAUUUUCAAAAGAAAAUCCCGAGUGCGUCAGAGACGGAAGAGGCAGAAGAAGCUCGUUUCCUAUAUUCUUAGGGUUUACUCGAAGAAUGAUGUUUUAAACACAUGUCAAUAAUUUAUCGAUCAAAAGGAAAAGAAUUUUUUAGAAAACGAGACUUUGUACAAAGUGACAUAUCCUAAGUAAUAUCAAAGAUAAGGCACUGUGUUGCCUCUGAGGACACUUGCAUAUUUGAAGCGCACAGAACGUUUCUAACUCGGUCUUUAGCUUGUUAACGCAACAGAGUUCCCGGAGUUGGAUCAAAGUACUCUCGUAUCCUAUCGUUUGUGAAACGUGAGAUGUUCGGUAAAAUCGAACGUUAAAGAGAGAAAGAUUCCAAGAUUGAACGAUGAGAUGACUGAAGUGAUUUCCAUACGCAAGAUAUUCAUUCUGGAAUUAUACGAUUAUACUUCGCUGUUUUAUCUUUGAUGAUAUAAACUGUUACACAAAUAUCGAACAAAAGAUAUGGAAGAUAUGUACACACGAUCACACAUACGUACACACACAUACACACAAACACACACAUGUGCAACUAUUUUAAUAAGGCAUACGCCGCCAAACGUGUCAAUUUUAAUGGAUAGAGGAUGCACACAGUCAUCCGUAACGAUACGUCGUAUAUAAUAAGAAACGUAAAUUAGAGAAUUUUUCUGGUAUAUUAUCGGCAGUGCAAUUUGAUAUCUCAAUUAUUCGAGAGAUACACGAGGCUCAUAGAUAGAAGCUCAUACAUAGCUGUUCUUACUUUCGAUCGAUAAGCUAAACGAUAGCGUGAAACAUAAUGUGAAACUUCGAUAUCACUCCGUUAUAGCUCACGGAGGAAUACACCUAUUCGUUUGGACGCGAAAACUCUACACAAAAAUCUUCAUCGUAUUGCAUAUACGGAAAUGUGUGUAGGAAACAAUCGUUUUGUAUGUUCUCAUGAGGAAGAUCUACUGGAAGAAAAAUGAACAUGUGAAACUCUUCACAUGUUCACGCGCGGAGAACAUUCCUAUGAAUGGGGAAGUGAUCAAGCAAUUAUGUAUUCAGUAUUUCCGCUUUUUACCGAUUUAUUAGCAUGCAUUAGAUCCAUUAACUAGACGCUAGAUUUUCGCUAAUUCGAUGACCGAAAGAGAGAGAGAGAGAGAGAGAGAGUGAGAGAAAGAGGAAGGAAGGGGAAGAGAAGAGGGGUAGAGAGAAAGAGAGCGAAAAAGAGAGGAAGGUAUUAUUCACGUAAUAUAAACGCUGCCGUAUGAGACCUCAAUUCUUAUAGAUAAAGACUUUCGGACAGGAAAGAGAUAGAUAAUUCAGCUUUAUAGCGUAAAUCCAAGAGAUUAUCGCCUCUAGUCAACGUUAAUCGUCUUUAAGCUUACGGUAUGUUCAAUUGUGAACAUGCAUCUGACUCUCCAGUGACACGUAUAUGAAUGAAUAACGUAAAACGUUAUUUUCUACAAAAUGGGAAACCAGAAUUACACGUCUUCACGUAUACAUACAUAUGCAUAUACAGACAAAAUAUCAUAUCUUUACGGUCCACUUGGGAAAACUUUGCUGAAGUUUUACUGUCGCUGACACGAUAGGCAACGGAUGAGUGGCAGUGGUGAAAUAAUAUAAACACAAAGAGUUGAGAGAAAACCUAUUUGUAGGCAAUAAAAACGUAAAUAAGAAGUUAACGGCGAUGAUCCAGGAACUCGAGGGUACGGAUCGUUGGAUCUUCGGGGAGAAUUUAUCAGACAGGCAGAAGCUACUGUCGGCAGACUUAAAUAGUAUAAAUGUUUACGUCCCAUCACGGUUAGUGAAUUUUUUUCAUAUCAAAUUGUUGGCGAUCGAUCUAUAUCUAUACGAGAGAGAGAGAGAGAGAGAGAGAGAGAGAGAGAGAGAGAGAGGGAGAGAGAGAGAGAUGAUAUACAGACCGAGGUUUACAGACGUUUCAGAGAGAGAAGUAGAAACGAAAGAGGAUCGUUCAAUUGGCCGAUCGACGCGCAAACGCUAUUAUUACAUUCCAGCGAUUAUCCUGGGGAUGAUUUUAUGUUGUUUUUUCCGCGAAUGAAAAUUUCAAAAACAUGUAAACAGUUCGUUUCUGCUUUUAGGGAGAAAAGAUCACACACACCCUCGUCGUAAACCACCUGGUCGUAUCGGGCGAAGUCAUGUCGGUGCCGCUGUUGCUCUACGCGAACGUCGAGACACGUGAUGUCGAUCAGAACUUGAUGAUAAAAGUAAGCAUGUACGUGAAAACUCAUCAUUGGGACCAUGUGAUGCUCUUAUCAGCUCUGCUUCUUUUUUUGUACAUCGAAAAUUGAUAGACGAAGAAACGCAAUCAGCGUUACGAUUCGAGGUGACGACAUCGGCGCCGGCCCACACACACACACACACACACACAUACAUACACGAAUACAUGCGCGCAGCCUCACGUAAUUAAUUCUACUCUACAACAUUCAGAUUUUAUCAUCACCUUUGUAGGUAUAUUACAUUUUACUCGACAUAUCAUAUUUAUGAGUCAGCACUCUAGAUUCGUAGACCUUAGUCGAACUAUUGACUAGAACACGUAGGGAAAUGCGAUAAAGGCGAUCGUGCGAGAUGACUCUCUCGAGACCAAGUUAAAGCACUGAUCGAGCAGAGUGAGUCUGUCGUGUCGUGUCGCACUAUUUCCCGAACUUAUGUUUUUUUUUUUUUUUUAGCGAGUUACGUUUAGCCGAUAGCGUGUAAUGUACAUUAUUGUUUUGCACACAACGCGAUUAUCAACUGAUUGAAAACGACUACGUUAGAGAAACGAUGGUGCGUACGUGUACAAGGAACGAGAAUAUCAAAUUUAUCGUUUGCCGUUUCUACCGAAAAUAUGCCGUAUACAUAUCACAUCAUAUCAUUAUUCAGUAUCAGACUGCGGGACAAGCAAUCAGUUGAUAGUCAUUGUGUCACACAGAGAGACUGCUUCUUAUUGUUAAAACUGAAAACUGUUAGAGUUAAGUUAAGGUCCUUUUUUUUUUUCACGUAAAUAUGUAGUCGACAAUCACACCGGCACCGGAAGAUUUCGGGAGGCGUUUUAAUUUUUCCUUCGUAGUUCGUGUUCGAUUGCCGCAUUUCUGUAAGACUAUCGCAUCGCAUAGUCUUCAGCCGUCUUUUUUCGUACAUACGGGAAUAGGAACGAUAUUUUCAAACGUGAUUUUUAUGUGCAUGUAAAAGUCACAGUGGAGAAGAGGGAGGAGCGUACGAAUGUGAUGGAACACGUGUGAUGUUUUUUUUUUUUUCUAAUAACGUUACUGCAAAAUUCAUAUCGUUAUUUUUAGCAAAUUUGAAGUAAUGUGAAAUUAAUCAGCGUAGCAAUACUGUCAUACAUUACGAGACACCGUCAGUCAGAUACAGCCAUAUCGAGAAUUCGUGCUCGAACAUGAAUCCUAAUAAGGAAAGAUGUCUUAAAUGUCAAUGUGUUAUCGUUACUGCGCGACGUGUGUGUCAAUAUACCUUGCGUACGAAUAGGCAGUAGGAGUUAGAGUCAGUUACUUUGUCUUUCAAGUUUUCCCGUUCGAUCGGUUGCAUAAUUACACAACAAUCUGUUACGAUUCAGAUUCGCGAAAACUGCACCUCACAGAAAUGCAAUCGGAUUAUAUGUUAUUUCAAAUUACCAAGCGGCUUUACAAAAGCGUUUUCAUUUGCGCAAUAAAAAUUUACCGUUUGUUCGUUCGACUGUCAUUAUAGCGCUUCGAGGCGACACUGUUGAGAAUUUAAUUUAAUUAAAUGUUAGGAAUUUUUCUAUCGUCCAACGAGAGCCGCCACGAAUCUUACGACAGUGGCGUGCGAUUUUAUUUCGAAGGAUAAUCCGGAUGAACAGAGAGGCUGUCGUUUGUUUGGAAUAUAUUUUCGUGAAAAUCUUAUUAAUUGCUUGCGUCGAGGCGCACGCGGAAAAAAAGAACAAGAAUAAUCGAUUGAUACGCGCGUAUUACGGCAGUUUAAUUGAUCAAUAAUCACCGUGACUCGGUUUCUAGCGCGAACUACAUGAGUAAUCACCGCUCUGUUAAGUCGAUUAUCCCUUGGCCGUUCAGUUUGUUGAUUCAUUUGUAUAUAGUCCUUAGCGGUAGUAUGAUUUCAUGCCAAUCGGGGCAAUAAUUAACGCAGUCACGUGGUGUCGAUAUAUGAUUGAGGAUUAUCGUUUUGCUCAGUGUAUAUCCCGAUAGAUAAUAGACAAAAACCAGUUGGCGAGCGCUUUUUUGUCGCCGAAGAAGAAAGACAUCUUCGAUCGAUUUUCGCGAGACUCUCUCGUCUCAUUGUGAGAGUAUUCCGCGUGACUGCGUGAAUGGGUUAUAUAAUUUACGAACGAAUCGGGGCGUGCCACGAUCGCACGAGCGAGAAUAAUCUUAUGCGGCGACACGCGAUAUUUUGUAUGCUUGCAACUUGUACUUUCGAGCUGUGUACGUUUUUAUGCUCUUAGAACUAACCGCGAGUCCGCGAAUAUGUCGUAUAGCGAUAAUUUGAUAAAUCCUGCUCUUUGAAGAUCGUUUAUUAUAGAGAUAUGUGAAGCGAAGGGUUUCGAAAAAUUCGUGGUUCGCCUGAGAGGACACUGUGUAAUAAUGUAAUAUUUACGAAUAGUUUCGAUUCUCUCCCGACUGAAGAGGCAGUGCGUAGAAAUGGCGAACGCGCGGUUUCGAGGCUCCAUUUAUAUUUUGAUCUCGAGAUACAAUUUUCUUCUCUAUAGCGAAAGUUGCGGCGUGUGACGGGAUUUAAGAAUAAUUUGCGAGCUGUACGAAUGAUAUAAAUGAGAAAUUUAUUGAGUCUAAA